CUGAAGCAUAGCGAGAGGGACACAGAGAGAGACAAGAAGAAUUGUCUGUUCACACACACACUCCUAUAUCUUCUUCUUCAAAAUAAAAAAAGAAGAGAUCCAAUAAAACCUCACUUUUCCUCUCUAAUUUGGCCGCUUCUCCCUCUGCUUCUUCUGCUUGCUUCAGGGAAAAUAAGAAAAAGGGAAACAGAAGAGGCUUUUAUGAGAUGAACGGCGAUCAACAACAUAUGGAGAUGCAUUACGUAAAUACAGGCUUCCCUUAUUGUGUUGCAGGGAAUUCUGCAUACUAUUUCGAUGGCUCCCAGGCCCCUUCGCAGUACCCUAAUCCCGACCAAUUCCAUAAUGAGGAAACUACAUACUGGUCCAUGAAUAUGAAUUGGUACAAAUUUGGAUUUUCUGGCAUGGAAAAUUCUUAUUACACUCCUUACGAGUGUAGUAGCCAUUUAUCAACGAUGGAUCUCACUGAGCAGCAGCCUUGGAACUACCCGGUCAUGAUGAACGUCGAAGAACCCGUAGCAGUAGAGACAGUAGAGACUGUAGAGUCAACGUCGGAGGAGAAUACAGCCCCAAGUGUAGAUGCUAGCCCUGAAGAUAGUAAUCCAGAAGUCCCAGAACAGCAAGAUGGUGCUAACGAUCAGGUCAUUUUAGAAGAUGAUAUCGAUCCCGACAACAUGACCUAUGAGGAGUUGCUAGAUUUAGGCGAGGCAGUUGGAACUCAAAGUCGAGGUCUUUCUAAAGAACUCAUCGAUCUCCUUCCAACCUCUAAAUACAAGUUCAGCUGGAUCUUCUCCAAGAAAAGAUACGGAGAGAGAUGCGUGAUCUGUCAAAUGAAGUAUAAACGUGGAGACCGCCAAAUGAACUUGCCCUGCAAACAUGUCUACCACUCCGACUGUGUCUCCAAGUGGCUGGGCAUUAACAAGACAUGCCCCAUUUGCAACGCGGAGGUAUCCAUCGAUGAACCUAGCCAUUAGACUAGAGAAGAGCGGAAGUAUAGUCAUGGAAGUCCCGAGCAGGCUAGCAUUAGCAAAGACAUGCCCAACUGUUGAUGAAAGGAGGCAUUUGAACUAUAAAACAGUGAAAGCAGAGCAUGAGUACAUUGCUGGAAUAGUUUUGACCUCUUCUUCUUCCUUUGAAUUGAAAUCCUUUUUUUCUUUUCCCUUACUGCUCAAUAGAGCUAGGCUAGUUUGUAGAAGUAGUUAUUUCUCUUUGAAUGUAAUAUUAUAUUAUAUUAUAUAUAUAUAUAUAUAAUGUAGGAAAGAAAAUGUUAAGGGAUACAAUCUGCUGCAGUUUCAUCAUUCAAAGAGUCCUUUCUUA